GGCGCGGCGGGCUCCCUGGGGAUCCUGGCGAGCGGGCAGCUCUAGGCUGCAGGGGCUCGAUGGAGGCGCCGGCGGAGCUGCUGGCCGCGCUCCCUGCGCUGGUCACGGUGCUAGCGGUGCUGUUUGCCUGGCUGCUGCUGCGGCGCGGAGCAGCCCCGGAGCCCGCGCUCCCAGCCCAGGCCACCGCGACCCCCACGCCACCCAGCCCCUGUGCCCCAGAGCCCGCGGGACCUGGAGAACCCGAGGGCCCGGAGGAGCCCGGGGAGCCCGCGGCGGCUCUGGCAGAGGCGGAGGAGCUGACGGCGGCCGAAGCCAGGCAGGAAGAGGAGCAGGACUCAGGUGUUGACAAGGACCCAGCCUCGGCAGAGCCAGAGGAUGAGGACGGAGAGGCCUUCUCCUUUAAAUACAGCCCGGGGCAGUUGAGGGGCAACCAGUACAAGAAGAUGAUGACCAAAGAAGAACUGGAGGAGGAGCAGAGAGUUCAGAAAGAGCAGCUGGCUGCCAUCUUCAAGCUCAUGAAGGACCACAAGGAGACUUUCGGCGAGAUGUCCGAUGGCGACAUGCAGGAGCAGCUCCGGCUCUAUGACAUGUAGGCCGGUGGCCCAGGAUGGCCUGACUGCAGGACCAGCACUCUGUCCUGACCCUGGACCCAAGCGCUCUGUGAUUUGUAGACUUUGGUGGGCUUAACUUUGUCUUAUAAAUAGACACAGAUUUCCUAUGGUUCCACUCGA